AUGACGACGUCUUCUGUGCAAGUUGGUAGUGUAUUUUCUCUUUCUACUAUUUUUGAAAACCGCAACUUGGUGAAUUUGCCAUCGAGAUUUCAACAUUCCGUUGUGACGGCUUCUUCAGAAAAUCAAAUAAUAGUAGAAUCAGAAAAAAGAUUGGUAUUUAAUUUUGAUUAUGUUCUUGGUCCAGAAACAACCCAACAAGAAGUUUAUGUUAAUGCUGUUGAAAAUUUAGUCGAGAAAUUUUUAGAAGGUUAUAACGUAACAAUAUUAGCGUAUGGACAAACAUCAUCAGGAAAAACACAUACAAUGGGCACAGCAGACAGCCCUUUAGUGCCUGCAGAAUCAAAAGGAUUAAUACCAAGAGCAAUGUCUACUUUAUUCUCAUCAAUUAAUUCUGUCAAUUACGCAAAUAGAAAAUACACAUUGACAGUUUCUUUCAUCGAGAUAUACAAUGAAGAAUUAAUUGAUUUGCUUGGUGAAGAAGUUGGUGAAAACAGACCUCAAGUUACCAUAAGAGAGGAUUCUAAAGGAAAUAUUUUGUGGAGUGGUUUACAUGAAUUUCAAGUUAACACUCGAGGAUCUUUAAAUCGUCAAGUUGGUGCAACCGACAUGAAUGCAAAAUCUUCUAGAUCACAUGCAAUAUUUUCUGUAACAAUGACUCAACAAAAAUUUAUUCCAAAUAACAAUAACAAUAUGCCAUUAUCACCUUCUACUCCUCCUCCAGGUAUUAGAUCUAACACACCUUCAAAAUUAUUUGGUCCUCCAUCAAGAGCCAAUUCAAGACUUGGUGGUAAGUUUGACGAUGGUGAAUGGGUUACAUUAACAAGUAAAUUCCAUUUUGUUGAUUUGGCCGGUAGUGAAAGAUUAAAAAAAACUGCUGCAAGUGGUGAAAGAGCAAAAGAAGGAAUUUCUAUAAAUGCGGGUUUAUCAGCCUUAGGGAAUGUGAUAUCAGCACUAGGUGACCCAAAUAAAGCAAAACACACAACCCACAUACCAUACCGCGACUCGAAACUCACCAGAUUAUUACAAGAUUCUUUAGGCGGUAAUGCACAAACUUUGAUGAUAGCGUGCAUUUCACCCGCUGCUUUCAAUCUUAACGAAACUGUCAAUACCUUAAAGUAUGCUAAUCGUGCAAGGAACAUUAAGAAUCUUGCCACGGUAAAUCAAGAAGAAACCGGUUGGAAUGAUGUAUCACAUUUGCAAAAUUUAGUAGUUAAACUCAGAGCCGAAAAUGCUUCAUUGAAAUCAAAUUUAUCAAAUGUUCAACACGGUGGUUAUUAUUCUGGUACUAAUACUCCCGGGAACGUUAGUCCUGCCCCUGCUGGUAGAAUCACACCUAAUGCUGCCAUGUCAGGUAGAGACACUCCGAGUAGGCUCAAACAAUCAUCAACUGGUAUACCACUACCUGGUAGAGCUACUCCUACAUUAGGUACCGGCAGAGAAACACCAACAAGAUUAUUACAAAGACCUUCAUCACCAUUAUCAACUUUUCAUUCAAACGGUGCUGGUGCAAAUACUAUUAAUAAACAAAAAUAUAACCAAGUCCAAGAUUAUGAAACAUCAAUUUCAUCAUUGGAAAGUAAAUUAGCGAUGACUUAUGCUGCACUAUCUCAUUCCGAAACGUUGAUCAAAGAACAUGAAUCAAAAUUGGAUGAAUCUGAUAAACUUAGUAAACAUAACAGAAGUUUGAUAGAUAGUUUACAGAAUUACAUAAAAGAUUUGGAAGGAAAACUUCAAAAACAUGGUAAUGACGGUGGUGGUGAUUCGAAAUCAGUAUCAAAAGAGGAACAUCCCGAGAAAUUUAUUAGUGAGACGGUGCGAUUGCUAGAAAAAAGAUUGGAAGAGAAAGAAGAAGCCUACAAGAAAUUAGAAGAGAAAUUCAAAAGGGUUGAAAUCGAUCAAGAUAAAAAAGUACUUUAUCAACAAAUCGAUGACCGUGACCAUGAUGGUAACGAUAAUGGUGAUAAGAAUGACGAACUUGAAUCAAAACUUUUGAAAUUGCAAAAAUCAUAUGAUGAAGUCUUGAACACUAAAAAUAGUGAUGAUGAUGAAAAAAAAACAAGAAAUUUUAAAGAUCUCGAAUUAAACUUGACCGAAUUACAAAAAAAUUAUGAAUCGAUUAUAAUGGAAUUGGAAACAACAAAAUCUAAUCUUAAUAAAUCUCAACUUGAAAACCAAACACUUCAACGUCAAUUAAAUGACAACAUUUCAACAGCAUCUACACCAUUAACCCCAAUGACUCCUAGCACCCCAAUGACUCCUUUAAAUGAUGAAUCUAAUUUAAAAAAAAAUUCCAAUAUUAACGACAUAAAUAACAACAAUCCCAAUUCUAUUCCUUUAUCAAAAACUGUUUUCCAUCGUAAAGCCAAAUCUUUAUCAUCGGAUAUUAAUAGAAUAGAUAAACAAGAACUUGAAUAUAUGUCAAUUAUUGAAAAACUUCAAUUUGAACUUCAAUUAUUCGAAUCGUUCCAUAAAGAUAAAUCACAAAGUUUGGAUGCCGUUAAACGUGAAUUGACAAGAUUAGAGCAAAGUUAUCAUGAAACAUUACAACUCGUCGAUGAAUUACGCGAAGAACUUAAAAAACGUGACGGGUUAGCCAAUUUUGAACUCACAAAUUCUCUUGAUAAAAAAGAAUUUGUUUCAACUUCAACUUCAACUUCUUCAGGUCGUCAAUUACAAUUAGCUAAACAAAAAGAAGAAGAUGCAGUACGAAAAUCAUCUUUUAUUGAUACAAAUAUCAAAGAAAAAUAUGAAAAUCAAAUUAAAGGAUUACAAUCUCAAAUAAAGGAAUUGAAAGAACAACAAAACAAAGAUGCGAUUAUUUAUCAAGAAAUGUCAAAAACUCACGAAAAAAAUAUUCGUGAUUUGACAAUCCUUCAAGAAAAAAUCGUUAUACUUCAGGCUGAUAUUUCAACAAAAGAUCAAACUAUUGCCGAUCUUUUGCUUCCAAAUUCUGAACAUGAAAACACAAUUAAAAUACUUGAAAAAAAUCUUCAUGAACUUGAACAAAAUAUUGAUGAGAAUGUGUCGGUUUUAGAGGAUAGUGUUAGGAAUCUCGAAGAAAAACUUGCUAAAGCGUACAACAAUCGUAAUGAGGACAAUAAUAAUCAAAAUGACACAACAAUAAACAAAAUUCAAAUUGAAAAUGAGGAAAUUGACAAUCUUACACAAAAAACGGUAGAUAAACUUGAAGAACAAUUAAUAAUAUUGCAAAAAGAAAUAACAAAUUCGCCAGAUACCAUAGAAACUUCACAUAAUCAAAAAGAAUUAGUAACCUUAUUACUAAGUCAUCUUGAGACUUUGAAAUCUGAUAUUAAACGUAAAAACGAUUUUAUCAGACGAUUAAAAAAUGAUUUUCUAGAUCAAAAUAAAUUAAAAGAAAAAUUAAGCGACAAAGAAAAUCAUUUAAUAACAUUGUCUAAUCAAUUGAAAGAUGCCAGGCUUAAAGAUUUAGAUAUGCAACGACGAUUACAAGAACUUCAAUUACAAUUGGAAAAUUCUGAAAGCAGUAAAAUUGCAUUACUUCAAACUGAAUUGGAAAUGAUUCGAAAAGAAUUUAAUGAUGUAAAAGGAAAAGAAGCAUUUGCCCUGGAAAGAUUACGUUUAUUGGAUGUUGAAGAAUCUAAGCUUCAAAAAGAUUUAGAAAAUCUUCGUAACAUAGAGAUCAAUCAACGUGAAAGAAUUGUAGAAUUGGAAAAUCAGGUGAAAGAACAAGGUGGUCAAGUUGAUGAAAAUUUGAAUAAUCUUAGAAAUGAAUUGGCUAGCGUCAAGCAAACAGAAAUGAUCAAAGAUCGUGAAAAUAUGUUAGUUGAAGUUCAAUCGUCUACCAAUAAAGAUGAAUUAGAAUUGAUCAAACGUCUUAAUGAAGAAAUCGAGCUUUUACAAGUCGAGAAAUCUGAACAAUCAUCGAAAAUUCAAACCUUUGAAUCUAGAUUAAAACACGUCCAAGAAGAUCCAAAUACUGUAAAUUUAAAAAAUGAACUCACCGAACUCAAAUUACAAGAAAAAAAAUUACAAGCAAAAGUUGCAGAGUUAGAAAAUCAACUGAUCUUGGUAGAAAAAAAAUCGGAAAGUUUACAAGCCAUGAAAGAUGAAUUGGUCAAAUUAAAAGAAUUAGAAACCGAUCAAAAAACCACUAUAGAACAAUUAAACUUACAACUUCAAGAUACCAAAGACGCAAAAGAAACUGUGAUUAGAGAAUGGGAAUCCAUGAAAGAUAAUUUUUGUGCACAAACAAAACUUGUUGUGAAGCUUGAAAAUGGAUUGAAAAUUUUGAUGGAAGAAUUGAAUCUGGUAAAAGAUAAUCAUACAGAGACUUUAAAAGACAUUGAAAGUCUUGCCGAAUUUCUGAAUACGACAAUGGCACAACAGGGAGAGGAUAAGAAAAAAAUCGCAAGUUUAGAGGAAGAAAUCGAAGUGAUGAAGGCUGGUGGUAAAGUUGCUGAUUCUAAUUUUUAUAAUCUUCGAGAAGAAUUAGCAAAUACCAAACUCGUAAUGGAAUCACAAAAUGCACUUUUGGAUAAAUUAGGUGAUCAAUUGAUGAAUAUAGAGAAAGAAAGAAAUAGAUUGUUGGAUAAUGUCGACGAAUUGAAUAAAGUUAUUGAAGAAAAAGUACAAAAAGAAAAAGAAGCAAUUUUAUCUUUUGAAACAAAUGUAAAAGAUUUGGAAAAAAAACUUGAAGAAGAGAUAAAAAAUUCCAAAUCUUAUCAAGAAACGGUCAAAAAUUUAGAAGAAAAGCUUUCAAAGGUUCAAUCACAACUUGAUGAAGCAAGAUUAUCAGAUGAAAAACGUGCGAAAACGGUCAAUGAAUUUAAAAUAGUGCUAAAAGAAGCCAAUGAUGCUCUUGUCGAAAAAGAAAGAUUAAUAGCUAGCAAAGAUUCUCUUUUGAUUGAACUAGAUUCCUCCAUUAAAAAAUUAAAUUCUCGGCUUGAUUUAACAACAAGUUCAGAAAGUGAGCGUGUUUCAAAACUUCAAGAACAACUUUGUGAUGUCGAAGAACAAUUAAAAACUACAAAGAUAUUUGCAAAUGAGCAAUUGGAGAGAGUUAAAGAGUUGGAAAAACAAAUUGAAGAAAUCGAAGAACAGAAAUUAGAACAAUUGAAUAAAUUAAACUCGGAAUUGGAAGAAACUAAAUCUAUCGAGGCCUCCAAAACCAUGUUAAUUAAUGAAUUGGAAAAACAAAUUGAAGAAAUUGAAGAACACCAAUUGGCGCAAUUGAAUAAAUUAAAUUCAGAGUUGGAAGAAACGAAAUCUAUCGAGGCCUCCAAAACCACGUUAAUUAACGAAUUGGAGAAACAAAUUCGGGAAAUCGAAGAACAUCAAUUGGCACAAUUGAAUAAAUUAAACUCAGAAUUGGAAGAAACGAAAUCUAUCGAGGCUUCCAAAACCGUGUUAAUUAAUGAAUUGGAGAGUACUUUGAAAGAGAAUCAAGAAAAGAUAAAGAUGUUGGAUGAUUCGUUAAGCGGUGCUAAGGCUGAACUCGAAAAAGUCAAAAAAUCUGAAAUUGAACAAACAGAACUAGUUCAAGCAUUAGAAAAGCAACUUCAAGAAGUGGAUGACAAUAGGAAUGAAGAAUUGAUAAAACUUAAAGAAGCACAUAUAGAACUUGAAAAAAUGAAGGAAGAUUGUACAAAUUUGGAAAAUGAAAAGGAUAUUGUUAAUGAUGAAAAAACAAAACUUACUAAUGACUAUAAUGAAAAAAUGAACAAGGUAGAAGAAGAAAUCAAUGGCUACCGUGAAAAAAUGGAGGAAUUAAACAAGCAAAACGAAAAACUUGAAUUUGAAAAGAAACAAGAAUUAGAGAAAAAUGCUAAUCUUGAAAUAAAGAUUGAAAAUCUUCAAAAUGAAUUUGAUAAAUUGACAAAAGAAUUUCUAAAAGUUUCUGUUGAAUAUCAAGAACUAGAAAAACUUGCACAAGAAUAUAAAGAUCAUAUAACACAAUUGGAAGUAAAAUCUGUAACAAAUACAAUGACUAUUGAAAAAUUAUCUGCAGCAACUAAAGAUCUACAACAAACAAAUUCCAAUUUGAAUUCCAAAAUUGUGGAAGUAGAAGAUUGUGCCCUAAUUCUAACUAAUAAAAUCAAAAAUUUAGAAUCGGAAUUGGAUGUGUUGAAAUCGAUAGAAGAUGUUGAAACAGCUGAAAAAUUAAAGGAAAAAAUAAAACAACUUGAAGUUCAGAAAUUAGGAUUGGAAGAGGCGAAUGAAUCAUUUAUGGAGGAACAAAAGAAAGUUGAUUUGAAAAUUGAUUCGUUGUUGGUUCAAUUGAAGUCUGCAGGAAAUCACGGAAGUCAAAGUGCAAUUUAUCUUGCUGAAUUGAAUGAAAAAUUGUUGGUACUCGAAGAUCAAAUAAAAAAUUUGAAACGAAGAUCAAUAAUUAAUCUUAAAGGUGAAAUAAAGAGUGGCAAUGAUGAUGAUGGUAGCACACCAGAAAAUUCUUUAACAUGUGAUCAUAAUAAAUUGAUUAAUGGUCUAAAUGAAAAGAUAUCAUUGUUGGAAGAAGUUAAUGGAGAAAAAUCAAGCAUGAUAGAAACAUUAAAAGAUUCACUCGAUGACAAUCAAACGAUGCUAGAAGAGGCACGAGAAAAAUUAGAUGAAUUGCGACAAGAGAAAACAAGAUUAGAGGAACGAAUCACCAGUUUAGAGUCACAAUUAGAACAAACGACAGAGCAAUAUGAAAAAGUCAAGAAUUUUAUUGAAGAAAAACGAAAUAUGGAGAGUGCUUUAGAACAAGAGAGACGAUCCAAGAAAAAUGUUGAAGUAGCUUUAGCCCAACUUGAGAAUCAAUUGGAAGAACUUCAGAUCGCAAAAAGAAGUAAAUUCAUGUGCUUUUAA